AUGGAUCACAAUUUCAGCAGCUCCACCCCAGAUGAUGAUGAUCAUAAUAACGAUUUCUACGCUGAACUCACAAGACAGAUAUUGCUUCUUACAGACGAAGAUGAUGAUGUUCAAGUGAAGAAAAGGGGUGCCCGGAGGUUUAACCAGAGAUCAGUCGGUGGUGGGUUGUCAGUGAUGCCGGGAAACUGUUUUUUCAGUUGGUCGGAAGGUGGGGAGGUUGAGGUUCCUGGUUGGAUGGAGAGGUUGUGGGCGGCAAACGGUGGCGGAACCGGAGUGUUCAUACCUCGUGCAGGGGUACUACAGAGGUCCAGAUCAAAAAGACAUAAGAAAACACGGAAGAACAAUGAAACCAGGGGUAGGCCACGCAUCUAG